CUACAAUUCCUUCUUCCGAGUUUUCUGUAGUGUCUUCGACUCUUCCACCACUUUCAAAACCAAGCAAAGAAAGCAAAACAGCGAAGCAGAAAAAGCACAGAAAUGUCGAGGUCAAGGACUUGGUUCCCCUCGGUCGCCCUAGCUUUGGUACUUUUUGCCUCGUCGGUUAUCGCCGAAGACGUUGUUGUGCUCACCGACGACAACUUCGAUAAGGAGGUCGGCCAAGAUCGUGGCGCUCUCGUCGAGUUCUACGCUCCCUGGUGUGGGCACUGUAAAAAGCUUGCUCCAGAGUAUGAGAAGCUUGGCACAAGUUUUAAGAAAGCAAAAUCUACUAUGAUUGGGAAGGUGGACUGUGAUUCGCACAAGGACCUAUGCUCUAAAUAUGGAGUUUCUGGAUACCCCACAAUUCAAUGGUUUCCUAAAGGGUCCCUAGAACCCAAGAAGUAUGAAGGCGCUCGUACUGCCGAAGCCCUUGUUGAGUUCGUAAACACAGAAGGAGGGACCAAUGUCAAAAUAGCCGCAACCCCAUCAAAUGUAGUGGUACUAACGGCAGACAGUUUUAAUGAGAUUGUCCUAGAUGAAACAAAAGAUGUUCUGGUUGAGUUUUAUGCACCCUGGUGUGGCCAUUGCAAAUCCCUUGCUCCGACUUAUGAAAAGGUCGCUACAGCAUUUAAACGGGAGGAAGAUGUAGUAAUUGCUAAUCUUGAUUCUGACAAGUACAAGGAUUUGGCUGAAAAGUAUGGUGUCACUGGAUAUCCCACAUUAAAGUUUUUCCCAAAGAGCAACAAGGCUGGUGAAGAUUAUGAUGCUGGCCGAGAUUUAGAUGACUUCGUAAAUUUCAUUAAUGAGAAAAGUGGCACUAGUCGUGAUGGGAAAGGACAACUUACAUCCAAAGCUGGUAUACUUGCAAGUUUGGGUAACCUGGUGAAAGAGUUUGUGAGUGCUGGAAGUGAAGAGAAGAAGCCAGUAUUUACCCAGAUAGAAGAUGAAGUUGAGAAACUCAAGGGUUCAACAACCAGAUAUGGCAAGAUGUACUUGAAAGCUGCAAAGAACUGUAUGGAGAAAGGUGCGGAUUAUGCCCAGAAUGAAAUCCAGCGGCUUGAGCGCAUUCUUGAGAAGCCUAUCAGCCCAGCAAAGUCAGAUGAGCUCACUCUCAAGAAGAAUAUCCUAUCUACCUUUGCUUGAUCCUCAGGAGUCAUUCAUUUGGCUAGGAGAUAUCAGCAACGCAGUUCCUGGGUUGGUUUUCUUCACUUUUUACACUGUUAUAAUUGUAGAGGAUAAAAUUAAAAAAAGAAAAGAAAAGAAAAAAAAAAGUAUGCUCGGUUUGUUAAUGCUUUUUAAAUUGUGUUUUUUUUUGUUAACAAGAUAUAAAAGUGAAAGUAGUUUUCAGUAUUUCCUAUUUUGGGUUAAUUUUUUGAUUUGGAAAGAGAGAAAAAAAAAAAAGAAAAAAAAAAAAAAAAAGGCAGUACUAGUGAUCAUCGUAAGUUCCUGUUGGCCUAACAAGGCAUACAUAGAUUGAGGACUGUUAUAGAAUAUUUCUUAUUCACUUUAUUCAUGUGUGCUCCAAGCCAAACUACUGCGAAGAGUGCACCCUUUCAUGUGCCUUUGUGUACAAUAGUUGGGACCACUAAAAGCAUUGACAGUGUUUGUUACACUAGACCUCCUAGAGGAUCUUAAGAUAUGCAGGACCACUGCCAAAAAUUGAUGUGAAAGGUAACUGGAGAUGUGGUAGAUACAGUACAUAGAAAAUGUGCAAGCUUCAAUACCGACCAUUCUCUUAGCCUAAUAACACAUUUCACUGCCAAAAAAUUAUUUUAUACAGUCGUUGCAGAUGAUCAAUUUAGGACCGUAUCAUGUAUCUCUGGAGGAUAAGGAUUUUCUAAAAUAUGUGUAUAAUUCUCGUGUAGAGUGUUUUUAAAUGAAAUAAGUAAGAUUUUGUCGUUUUAA